CAACAUAACCUAAAAAUAAUCUUGUGAAAAUUCAGUGUUUUAGGUUAUCUUUACUUCUUGUAUUCUAUUAUAGUCAAUAGUAUAGUAUAAAAAGCAUAGACACUCUAAUGCGAUUACAAGCAAAUAAUUUUUAAAUUGGAAGUUGAAGGCUAAUAAAAAAGUGUAGUAUUAUAAACGUUUUAGGUCUAAAUUAUAAACAACCAAUCAUUGCACCAAAACGGUUAAACAUGUCUGUGGAGCAGACAGCUUGUGAGGAUCUGAAAGCAUUUGAAAGACGUUUAACCGAAGUCAAUGCUUGUCUCCGGCCUGCCACAAUAAGAUGGAGAAUUAUUUUGUUCCUGAUAUCAGUGAGUACGGCGGUUGGAGCUUGGUAUUGGCUUAAAGAUCCAAACUUAUCCGCUGUCUCCUUCACGCAAAGUCUUCUCAAUCAUCCUUUCUUCACAAUAUCCUGUAUGACAUUGAUUUUCCUGUUCACAAUCGGCAUCCAUAAACGAGUGAUUGCUCCGUCGAUUAUCAUCAGUAGAACUCGAAUUGUUCUCAACGAUUUCAACAUGUCCUGUGACGACACCGGAAAACUUAUCUUGAAACCUCGACCUACACUCACAUGACACGAAUGUAGAAUCAAAUGAACCUAAUCACACAGAUUUAGCAAAAUUCGCUCGCUGUUCCGCCUAAGAUUUCUCGAGAAGAUUGAUUUAUGUUUCUUGAGGAGAAUAGACUCAGGAUUUAAUUCUCCUCUCAAGGUAUUCAAUUAGUUUACAACUCCAAAAUCAAAGAGGAGAACAUUUUGAGUGUCCUGUGUGUUUCCUCCACUAUAAUCAUUGUUAGAAAUUGCUGAAACAUCACAGAAAAUUGGAGGCGUGUUCUUUAAAUUCAGUAGGAAAAUUAAAAAAAUUCAGCAGAACAAAUUUUUUCCUCCUCAGGUACAGAUUUUCCCCCAUCAAGUGUUUACAUUCAGCAUUCAAUCAAAAUGACAAUUAAUCAGCACAAAAGAAUUUUUAUGGCAUGACCGACCACUUUCCCAACAUUUGUACCUGAUUAGGCAUUAUUUAUUACAAUUUAAUUUAUAGAAAUGCAAGCCGAUAACAUUGUAAUGAACGCCCACGGAUAAUAAUCAAAACAAUGACACUCGCAAAAAAACUUGACAAAUAGUGACCAUAAUUUAUUGAGAUGAGCUGUCAAUGGGGUGUACAAUUUCAAGUUAUAGGGUCCGUAAUCAAAUAUAAAAAAAAUUCUGAGUAGUUGUGAAGGUGAGAUGUGUUAGUUAUCCAUACUGAAUAGAAAUACUAGAUAUUGUCCAACCAUAGAUUUAUUAAAAAUCAAGAUACCGGUUUCGGUUGUUAAACCAUUGUCAAUCUCUGGUGAAUAUAAAGAAAAUGAAGUGUAUACAAGUCUAUCUUAUUGGAUUAUGAAUUAUUAUUAUUCUAAGACAAAACCAUAGUCUAUGAUCUAUUAUAUUAAGCUGAACCUUAAAUUGAGUAACAGAGCUUCAAGAAGAUCAAUUACAAAACAUAAUCAACUUACAAAUGCCAGAACUUUAGAAGAAUACUUUCAUUUCCUAUUUAAUUGUCUACAAUAGGGGAGAGUCCGGUCCCACAAGAUGUCAAAUUAUCAAUCUAUAACUAAAUAAUAAAGUGGAUAGUAAAAUUACAAAAUGUAUUUUGGGUUUAAGCAAUAAUUGCUUCACGUUAGAGAAGCCUCGUAUUUUAAUGUCAGUUUUUUUGCAAGACAAAAUUGAUUGUAGCUUUUCACAACUAACAGUAUUUUUCGUUAAUAGCUCCUUCCUUAGGAAACCAAAUUCAUCAAAUCAGGAAAAUGACUGAUUUUGAUUUGAAUCUUGGGAGUCUCUUAUUUCAAUCUCAGUUGUUUUGCAAGACUAAAUUGUUUGUAGUUUUCUGCAACUAACAGUGUUUUUCGUUGAUAACUCCUUCCUCAGGAAACGAAAUUCAUGAAAUCAGGAAAAUGUUAACUGAUUUUGAUUGGAAUCUUGAGAGGUGUUCUUUGAUUGAUCUUCAUUGAUUCCCUGGGUGUUUCUGUACGAUUCUUUCACAGCUUCUCUCAUUUUUGCUGAUGCUUGCACAAGCACAUCCCGUCUUCCUUCUUUUAGUAAUGGAGCAUUCCUCCUCACAGCAUUCAGGUUAACCUCACUCACGUCAAUAUUAUUGGAAACAGGAACGGACUUGAGCUCUUAGAUUGUGCACUGAUGUUCAGACUCUCUCUCACUCUGGGCGUUCUCUUUUAGAUCGGGCUGCUAUUUCAUUUCAUUUUCUAUCAUCCAUUGAUUGCCUAUGGAAGGGGAAUGUAGAUAUUAUUAAGUUUUAGGGUAUUUAUUUAUUUAACAUUGAUGGAAAACACAAAAUCAUUGGAAAUUGAAGUAUUGUUGAAUUUUUGGGAAUCUUCAAUGUAAUCAUAGUUUAUAAUCUCAAAACAUCACUGCGAAUCAAUAGCAUAAUUUUUAGAUUGAAUAGAAAUAUCAGAAAAUGUCAUCAGAGCGAGUUUUAACCUCUAGAUAUACUUAAUUCCUUAUCAAGUGUUAUGUUGUUGCUCAUGAGUGUGGAUAUUUCAAUUAGGCGUGAAUUUCGUGUUGUAUUAUAGUUAAUUGUCGAAGUAAGUACAGAGUUAUGCUUCAAUUUGAUAAUGAAAACCAUUUACAAUGCCGAACAUUGCAUUUCAAAAACUAGUUUGGUGAUUCCAAGUAAAAACGUUUUAAUUUUAUUCGUUGAAAAAUGUUUCAUCGUAGUUUGUAAAACAUUUACUCAGUAAGUUAGAAAAUAUUUAUGUAUAAAAUAGAAAGAAGUUAAACAUGUGAAAAUAUUUUUUAAUACUUAUAAAAAAGAAUACAUGUGAAAAAUUUAUACGGUAUUUUAGAAGCAGAUUUCAUGAAAUUUCGGAUAUCAUAGAAUCGAUGAUAGCAUGCUUUCUUUGGAAAAAUCACUGUGUAUCACUGGAUCGAUUUUUUCAAAUAAUGAAUUGGAAUGUUUGAAAAUAAGAUACAACUCAUUUUAAGAUUAUAAUGCAAAUAAGACAAUGAGAAAUCGUCGGCUGAAUGUUUUGAGUGGCUAAUUUUAAUUUGGUCAAAAUGGGAUUACAUAAAUAUAUAUUCAAUUAAAUAUAUUAUUCUUUUAAAUCUUCUAUAAUCAAUUAAUAUAGUAUUAUUAAAAACUUCCAAUAAAUCUCUACAAACUCAAAAAAAUGUGUAAAAGUAUUUCUUCUGAAAACGAUAAAUACACUGUUCUUUCAAUUUUUGCUAGAACCUCAAAAAAACAAUAAACUUAUAAAUGUUGUAAAUCAAUUUGAAACAAAUUUCAAUACCUCGUAGUUUUUUAUUAUAAAAUAAUAUAUAGUUGUAAAUAAAGAUCAUGUAGAUUUCUCUUGUGUUUUGAAAUGCAUAUUUUGCUGCUUUUAUCAAGGCUAUUAUAUUUUCUUUCUAUUUGAUAUCCAUUUUUCAAUAACUGACUGUGGCUUUUAAUCUACAUCUUCAAUUUUUAUUUAUUCUAAUUAAUUUAUUUUUAAUUAUUUAUUUUUUAUUCAUGGCACAACUGGUAAAUUUUCCAAAGUCUGUUGAAUGCUUUGAGACAGUUGCGAAAUGUUAGGUUUAUAUGAACAGAAUCAUUUUCCUUGUGUUUCGGGAUUUCAAGUUUUUAUCUAUUGAUAAAGCGCUUACAAUAUUGCUUCUGGUUUUUCUCCUGAUAUAUUCUCGUUGUAAUGCAUUAUAGCAUAGGUUAUCAAUUUGAAAAGUUGAAACAGUUAUGAGAACGUUCAAUAUAAUAUGUAUUAUCUUGUUUCAGUCCUUUACACUAAAAAUUUAAAUUCCUGUAAAUUUCUAUUUUAAAAUUCAGAGGCAACAGGUUGAAACCUAAACCGCAACUUCAACAUAGGUUAACAGAACUACUUUAUACGUAUUGUACGGAUUAGUAUUGAACUUAAUAAAUUAUUUUCAUUUUUAA